AUGGCAGAAACUCCGUCCAAUUCCAAACGCCUCACAGAAACCCCCAAUUUCGAGGAAUCAAAUUCCAAGCGCCACAAACCCUACAACACCAUUCUCUCCCUCCUCGACGAAGAAGAGGAAACCCUAGACCAACAAAAUCAUGACUUAUCCGCCAUAUUCACAACCCUGGAGCAAGAGCUCUCCCUCGAUUUCGACUCCUCGCCGCCUGCGGCGGAGCCCGCCGAGGAAAACGACGGCGUGAAGUCGAUCAUGAGGCACCUUCUAGAAGCCUCCGACGACGAGCUAGGGAUUCCGAAUUACUCCUCCGAGGAAUUUAAUACUAAUAACAAUGAUGAUUUCGGAAUUAUUAAAUCUGAGGAAAAUAGCAUUUCGGUUAAUUUCUUCGAUAAUGGGCUCUGGGAAUUUGACGACGAGGCGGCCAACUAUUACACGAUUGUGCAGUCGGAGCUAUUUAUGUAG